AUGAAAUGGGCGGUUGAGCUAGGCCAAUUUGAUAUAGAGUACAAGCCAAGGACCGCCAUCAAGGGGCAAGCACUAGCUGACUUCAUCCUAGAGUUUCCACCCACUUUUGAAGUUGAAGGGAUGGAAUGUGUACCUGAACCUCAGUCUCCAAUAGCCAUACCCGAGAAUUGUUCCCCUUGGUGGAACUUGUACGCCGAUGGGGCUGUCAAUGGAAAUGGGGCCGGGGCUGGCAUUGUCCUAGUCAGUCCGGAAGGCCAUAAGCUGCAAAGCUCCAUUCACUUCGACUUUAAAGCCACCAACAAUGACGCGGAGUAUGAAGCCCUGAUAGCGGGGCUGAAGCUAGCCUUGGAGAUGAGGGUGGAAAAUAUGAAUGUUUACAGUGACUCAAUGUUGGUAGUCUGGCACAUCCGAGGAGGCUUCCAAGCUAGGAGUCCCCGUACCGAUCUCUACAUGCGGUAUGCCCAGGAACUAAUUGGGAAAUUCAGAGAGAUCAAGCUAGAGCAGAUACCAAGGUCUGAGAACGCAGAUGCAGAUGCCCUGGCUAAGCUAGGUUCACAAAAGGAUGCACAUAUGCUUGGGGUGAUCCCCCUCGAAAUCCAAUAUCAGCCUAGCAUCCCUAAAAUUGAAGUCCUAGAUGUUGAGGUUGGAGAGUCUGACCUUUGGACAACCCCAAUUCAGGAAUACAUAGCCAACGGAACCCUGCCUACAGAUAAGGAUGAGGCCAGAAAAUUGAGAUACAAGGCGGCCCAGUAUGUGAUUUAUGAUGGAAUUCUUUACAAAAGAGGGUUCAACCGACCCCUCCUUAGGUGUGUUGCUGGGAUAAGAUGUGAGUACAUUAUGCACAAGGAUGCUCAUGCCUUCGCCAAGGCCUGUGACAGUUGCCAGAGGUUCUCUAAUACAAAUAAGAACCCAGCGGUACCCCUAAAGACCUUGACAAGCCCUUGGCCGUUUGCUGUUUGGGGCAUAGAUCUGAUUGGUGAAUUACCCAAAGGAAAAGGUGGGGUAAAAUAUGCAGUUGUGGCUGUAGAUUACUUCACUAAAUGGGCUGAAGCUGAACCCCUGGCUUCCAUCACUGCAAGGAAGAUGGUAGACUUCGUUUAUCGAGCAAUCGUCUGUCGGUACGGGGUUCCCUACAAGCUCAUAUCAGACAAUGGGAAGCAGUUUGAUAGCAAUGAGAUGAUAAAUUUUUGUGAACACCUUGGCAUAAAGAAAGGGUUUUUCGCGAUGUGCCAUCCCCAGAGUAACGGAGCAGUUAGGAGGCAGCUGGAGAGGAGGAGGCCUUGGGGACUUCAUCGGUUACCGGAGCGUCUGGGGAGAUUGCAUUCUGCGAGGAAGCCGCGGCUAGGGCCUCCACCUGGGCCACCACGGGAGGUUCCUGAGGGGGUGCCGUUUCAGCCUCCUGUCAGUCUUCAGCCGCAGUUUUUCCCUCAGGGGUACCCCCAAGAUCUUCCCGGGCGUUGGCAUCUUCGACUUUUGCCUCCUCCAAGGCAAGGGUAG